AUGGCUAAAGUUGGCCUGUGUCUCUCAUGGUCGUCGCUCAAGACAAUGAAUGUUGCCCUCUCAGAAGCCCAGCUAAAGUGUGCGCAGGAAGUCGCUCUCGAGGAUUUUUACCUCUCGCUCAACAACGUCCAGAUAAUAUACGGCCCGCAUGGAACGCAACACAAACUAGGACCUGACAAUAUUCUUAAGGGGACUCAAGGGCUUCUCUAUCGUCGAAAGAAUAACAGCACGGCCAACGUUCAUCACUCCCUGGCUGAAAUAAUUAAACGGCGCAAUUGUGGCAAGCUAAUCACAUACAAAAAGGAUGUUCAACCAACAAUUGCUCAGGCUGCUGAUAUUCAGCGGCAUUGCGCUCUCAAUUUGAUCGAGAUGCUCAGGCAAUCAUCUGGCGAUGCAUAUAGCUACCUGGGCGAACUCAACGAGCUUCAGCCAAAGCAGUAUUGCACCCUCCCGCUCAACAUGGAGGUCAACGAGUACCCGCUAUUGACCACAAAAGUCGACGACAUGACCAAGGACGGCAUCAUCAAAUUUCUACCAGCCACUUACAUCAAUCAGCUCAUGCUUUCGAAGGAAAAACUCGAGGAUAAGCCCAUACCUUCCGUCAGCAAUCACGCUACGGAUGCAAUCCUCAGAGGAGACCUCCACAUGCGACUCGAUGACGUCUCAUCACUCGAUCACAUCGAAAACCAAAAUAUGGACAUCUACAAACACUCUGUCGACACUCCUGGUAGCUUCGCAUGGACGGUCUCAAUCCUCGGACUCAAGAUACUGCAAGGGGAGAAGCCGGACUAUCAGAUGAUGCUCCAGCUAUUUGAUACAGUGCUGCAGGCUAAUGUCACUAGGUCGCACGCACCUAUAGUCAAGCCUUAA